UUCCUCAAUUGCCAGCUCUGGAUUAAGCAUCUAAAUCUGGACUUUUAUUGUUAAAAUCACUGGAUUUACGGACGUUUUCUUCUGCACUGUGCUGGAUUUAUUAGGCUUUUCUGUGUUUGACGUCUGUGUGUUUGCCUCAGCUUUGGCACAGCAGGCAGAGCAGUGAGAUGGCUUUAUUCAGCUUCCUCAUUCUGACCUUCCUGUACUGCGGGCGAGAGGCCUUCAGUGUAUCUGACUGCAGAGCGUAUGCCAGACGACCAGAAUACACUGAUAUCGCUGUGGUGUGUGGCACAUCUGCUAUUGACCUGGCGAUUCAAAUCUGCCCAGCUAUCUACACCGGAUACAACCAGAGCUUACUGAUCCUCAACCACAUCCGAGACAAUGUGGACUAUCGGGGGACGCUGGACACCUCUGUGACACCUCCUGUGGUGAGAUUCAGCUUUCCCAUCCGAGAGGGAAACGCCUGCGGGAGUAACGUCUUGACCACAAGUGCACCAGGGAUGGGAAUAUUCUCAGAGUUCUCCAACAUCCAGACGGUCAACGUCAGUGGGGUGGUGCGAUCCUUCGACCUCACCAAUGGGAUGAUCAUCUACAACGCAGAGCUCAAGUAUUACUACUCAUGUGCUUAUCCACUGGAGUAUCUCAUUAACACCCAGUAUGAUCUCAUUCCUUUCUUCCUCGUAGGUCAUGCUUUGAAGGACAACAAUGGGAGCUUCAUCAGUACCCUCAGCAUGGCCUUGUACCAGGAUAUAAAUUACACCACGCCCCUUGUUGUGCCAACUCUGGGCGUCAAAUUAAGAACAAACAUCUAUGUGCAGGUGGUUGCAUCCAACCUGACAUCACAGUACUUUAUUCUUUUGGGCCGGUGUUACGCCUCGAAUCCGCAGCCCUCCAGCUCCACUAUCUUUAAUCUGUUUGUCUCGUGCUCCAUAGAUCAGCUCACCACUAUGCUGGAGAACGGGGAUAGCCAAAAGGCCCGUUUCUACUUCCCAGCGUUCCGCUUCAUUGAGCGGCAGAAUGAGACCAUCUCCACCUGCUAUUUGCACUGCAUCACCCGACUCUGCGAGCGCAGCACCUGCAGCACCUUCAAGCAAUGCAACAGGAAGAGCAGGAGUGUGGAGACCACAGUUGUCCAGGAGAGCAUCACUGAGCCGUCUGUGCUCACAGUGAUCAUAAGGGCCAAGACAGAAACUUCCAUUCUCUCCAAAGAAGAGGAGCUGUCUGGUGGCCAGCCUGAUGGCAAGGGCGUGUCUGGUGGCCUGGGAAUUGCUGUGGCUGUCCUCAUUGUGAUAGGGAUGGCAGCCAUUUUGAUGGCGGAAUUUUUUUAUUGAAAACUAAAGCAGCUGAGCUAGCAACAGUCCAUAAUGUUGAUGAACAGAGGUCAGCACAGGCUUAAAUGACAUAAUGAGUUUGACAGGGUGACAUUCACAUACUGGUGGAGAUGCAUAAUGUAUGUAUGUAGGACUCUGCUGCAUUGAAUCAAACUAUUGAUUGGAGCACUUUUUCUUUCCAAUCCUUCGCAGACUGUUAGAUGUUAUGGAAGGUGAAGUCUGAAUAAUGCACCUAUCAUGAUGCACUGAAUGAUAAAAAGGAAAAAAACAUAUCCAGUUGUCAUCUUAAAGGAAUGGUUUGACAUUUUGGGAAAUACACUUAUUUGCUUUCUCCAGGAAGUAACUGGUUAAGAAGUAGUCUGGCACAUAACUCUCUAUAAAACGAAAAAUUCUCUAUUUUACACUGUAUCCAGGCUAAUUGGCUGCAGCGUUCAGACAUGUUAUUGGCAUCGAUCUUCUCAUCUAACUCUAGGCAAGACAGCGAAUAAGCGCAUUUGCCACAAUGUCGAACUUUUCCUUUAACAAAGCAAAGAAUGAUGGUAAUACAUUUGAAUUGUUACAUUUCUGUCUCAUUUGGUUUAUUGUC